CUGAUAGAAGAAGAAUUAACGAAACGCAAAAGCUGAAAUCGAAUUCUGAUCCCAAAAGCGAAUCGCGAUGGUGUCGCUAAACGCUAGACCAGCUCCAUUUUUGGAUCCGGUGAGUGUGAGUUUCGAUUCGAUGGCGUCGGACUCCUCCGAGGGGUUUGGUCUGACUCCGAUCGCGACGACACCGGUGACCGGAAGGAGAGAUGCGGCGUCGUUUUCGGAGGAUUCAGCGACGAAGAUUCGGAAGCCGUACACGAUCAAGAAGUCGAGAGAGAACUGGACGGAGCAGGAGCACGAUAAGUUUCUAGAAGCUCUCCACUUAUUCGAUCGAGAUUGGAAGAAAAUCGAAGCGUUUGUUGGAUCAAAGACAGUGGUUCAGAUACGUAGCCACGCGCAGAAGUAUUUUCUCAAAGUUCAGAAGAGCGGUACUAACGAACACCUCCCACCUCCUCGACCAAAGAGGAAAGCUAGGCAUCCUUAUCCUCAGAAGGCUUCUAAAAAUGUUGCUCUUCCCUCACACGCCGUUUGUUCCAUCCCGUCUUCAAACGCACCCUUGCUUCAACCUGCUUACUUGUACAGCUCUUCUGAUUCACAGUACCCUGCGUCUAGCUCUUCUUCUCUGAAUCAUGAAUCUACAAAUCUGCCAAAGCCUGUGAUUCAAGAGGAACCGGGAGUCUCGGCCACAGCUCUCCCAAAGAAUCGCUGUUACAGCACUAGUAAUAAGGAAGUUAAGACGAAUUUACCAACGGUGACAGAGCCGAAUAAUGAAGAACAAAGUUGUGAAAAGCCACAUAGAGUGAUGCCCAACUUUGCUCAAGUCUACAGAUUUAUUGGAAGUGUGUUUGAUCCCAACACAUCAGGUCACCUCCAGAGAUUGAAGCAGAUGGAUCCAAUAAAUAUGGAGACGGUUCUUUUACUGAUGAGAAACCUAUCUGUAAAUCUGACAAGUCCAGAGUUUGCUGAACAAAGGAAGUUGAUAUCAUCAUACAGCAGUAAAGCUUUGAAAUAGAUAUUGGAAAAAGCAACAAUGGACCUUAUGAGAGCAAGAAAUACUCAUUCAUUGGAUGAGCAAAUGAACUCUUAGAUGCCACUUAAGUUCUGGUUUAUGUCUUUGAAGUCUUAGUUAAGCACAGUGGUUUGUCCUAUAUUGUCUAUAUUCGUAUGGGUGAUAGAGGGUUUUGCAGAGGUAUAACAAUAUAUGUAUACAUAUGUGUUUAUAAGGGCGACGUUUGUAAGUGACUUUCUUAAGUUUGGAUCGAUCUCAGGAGGUUCUAAGUUU